UCGCUAGCUAGCUAAAUUAUUCUAUUAAUUUUUGCAAUCAAUGGGACCAACUAAUUGCUGGCUGGUGAGCUAGCAUUAGCUAGUGCAGCUAAGUUAAAAGUAAGUUGUGUCUUCCUUUGUUGUCUGCCCGCAUCUUGACUAGCUAACUAACCUUAGCUGCAUGACAUUGGAAAGCAUAGAAUCUUAAGUUACCAAGCCAGCCCCCCAACAAUUCCGCGUACAAACUAAGUUACUUAACGGUAGCUCGCCAGCACCAGCCACUCUAGCCACUAACGUUAGCUCAGACACCCCGACAAUCUGAAAGCAGCUUCACAUCCCCAUGCUGAAUUUCGAGAGAAGUUGUUAUCCAGCGGCCUGUCAGUGAUGUCCACCUUCUAACUUAAUUACCCUGACUUUAACUUUGUUGAGAGGCUAACGGUGCAUGUUACCACAUCGCAACUCCUAGCCUAGCUAGCUAACAGCUGCAACCCACCAACGGCCCACUCUGAGCCCGUUCCCGUGGAGACGGCGGCCGCGGAACGCCAGGCGACCCCCCCACCAUGACGGAGCCGGGGGCCAAGUGGUCGUGCGAGUACUGCACCUACGAGAACUGGCCGUCCGCCAUCAAGUGCACCAUGUGCCGCGCCCAGAAGCCCUGCCCCGCCAUCAUCACCGAGGAGCCCUACAAGAGCGUCCCCAGCCUGGGCACCUGCCGCGAGUGGGACCCCUCCAGCCCAGAGGGGGGCAGCACCCUGCUCAUCUGCCCCGACUCCAGCGCCCGGCCCCGCGUCCGGACGUCCGGCCCGGGGGAGGGGAGCAGCAAGUGGUCGUGCCGCAUGUGCACCUACCUGAACUGGCCCCGGGCCAUCCGCUGCACCCAGUGCCUGUGCCAACGGGCUCGGGCCCGGAGCCCCACCGACCCGUCCCCCCAGACCUCGGGCUCGCCCCCCCCCCGGCCGGGGCCGCCCUCCCCGGACCCCUGCGAGGAGGAGUACAACGACCGGAACCGCCUCAACGCCCGGACCAUCCAGCACUGGACCUGCGGGACCUGCACCUACCAGAACUGGCCCAAGACCCGGCGUUGCGUGGCCUGCGACCGGCCCAAUCCCGGCGAGGGCGGGGAGGGGGAGAACGAGCUGGACCGGGCCCCCCGCCCCGGGGGCUGCAGCGGGGGCCAGAGGCACCCCUCUCCCCCCACCUCUACCAGGCCCCCAGGGGAGGGGACGAUGGACUUCCAGAGGAUCGAGCUGGCCGCCGGGGCGGGGGGCUCUAAGGAGGAGCUGGAGGUGGACUUUAAGAAGCUGAAGCAGAUUAAGAACCGCAUGCGGAAAAGUGACUGGCUGUUUCUCAACGCUUGUGCAGGCGUGGUGGAGGGGGACCUGGCCGCCGUGGAGACGUACAAGUCGUCGGGGGGCGACAUCGCGCGGCAGCUGACGGCGGACGAGGUGCGUCUGUUAAAGCGGCCCUCGGCCUUGGACGCCGGCUUCACCCUGGUGCACCUGGCCAUCCGCUUCCACAGGCAGGAUAUGCUGGCAGUGCUCCUCAGCGAGGUGUCCCAGCAGGCAGCCAAGUGCAUCCCGGCCAUGGUGUGCCCCGAGCUGACGGAGCAGAUCCGCCGAGAGGUGGCCGCCUCCCUGCACCAGCGCAAGGGCGACCUGGCCUGCUACUUCCUAACGGACCUCGUCACUUUCACCCUGCCCGCAGAUAUUGAGGACCUUCCCCCUGCAGUUCAGGAGAAGCUCUUUGAUGAAGUUCUGGAUCGGGAUGUACAGAAAGAGCUGGAGGAGGAGUCCCCCAUCAUUAACUGGUCUCUGGAGCUGUGCACUCGGCUGGACAGCAGGCUGUACGCGCUGUGGAACCGCACGGCCGGGGACUGCCUGCUGGACUCUGUGCUCCAGGCCACCUGGGGCAUCUACGACAAGGACUCGGUGCUGCGCAAGACCCUGCACGACAGCCUGCACGACUGCUCGCACUGGUUCUACAUGCGGUGGAAGGAGUGGGAGUCGUGGUACUCUCAGAGCUUCGGCCUGCACUUCUCCCUGAGGGAGGAACAGUGGAAGGAGGACUGGGCCUUCAUCCUGUCGCUGGCCAGCCAGCCAGGAGCCAGUCUGGAACAGACUCAUAUUUUUGUUCUUGCACAUAUUCUUCGUAGACCAAUCAUAGUUUAUGGAGUGAAGUAUUACAAAAGUUUCCGUGGCGAAACACUAGGCUAUACUCGUUUUCAAGGCGUGUACCUGCCGUUGCUAUGGGAGCGGAGCUUCUGCUGGAAGAGCCCCAUCGCUCUGGGCUACACCCGGGGCCACUUCUCCGCCCUGGUCGCCAUGGAGAACGACGGCUACGACAAUCGAGGCGCCGGCGCCAACCUCAACACGGACGACGACGUCACCGUCACCUUCCUCCCGCUGGUGGACAGCGACAGGAAGUUACUGCACAUACACUUCCUGUCCGCGCAAGAGCUGGGGAACGAGGAGCAGCAGGAGAAGCUGCUCCGUGAUUGGCUGGACUGCUGCGUGACGGACGGGGGGGUGCUGGUGGCUCUUCAGAAGAGCUGCCGCAGGAGGAACCACCCCCUGGUCACGCAGAUGGUGGAGAAGUGGCUGGAUGGGUACCGGCAGAUCCGGCCCUGCCCCACGCUCUCCGACGGCGAGGAAGACGAGGAUGAGGACGAUGAGUGAAGGGGGAGGAAGAGGCUCCCGCGAGAGUCUAUACCCGCCCCCCCCCCCCCCCCCCAGCCAGACGAAACGGAGAUGUACGAGUCAGCAUUUUCCCCACGUGGACGGGGUCGGGCGAAUUAAGAUGGCCACCAUCCGCCAUCUUUCAGACGGACUCAGACAAAAAGUCCACACAAACCUUUAAAUAAGAGGGCAAACCUUAAGACUGAUCCAACUAUGUUUCCGCAAAAUAGAAUUUGAAAUUACGGAUUCUGGUUCGCAGGAAUCACUGUUCAUCUUUAAAAUAAUAAACCCCCCCCCCCUUCCCUCUCCCCAUAUGUAAACCUUUAUCCAUGAAUUAAAUGCAUGCAGUUAUUAAAGAACUCGCAUAAUAGGAAAAUACCAGCAUCAGAACAAGCAAGGAAUCUUUGUACUAGUUCAUUAUGGGCACUUAAAAAAAGCACAUUUGUUUCUUUUUUUGUUUUUCUCAAAUGACGUUCUUUAGAUUUUGGAAACUGUUUCUGUUUUAAGUUAAAGAUUCAAUUGACUCACUUUUUUCUGGGGAGAGGGGGGGGGGGUAUCCAUGGACAUCUACUGCAGAGUCCCAAGAGGACGUUCUGUAGUACGGACACUUAAUACUCGCACUGCACAUUUGUUACAGAAGAUUUCUAUAAAUGCUAUAACCUGCUGAAUCUAUAGGACAUUUAUGAAGAUUAUAAGAGGAAUGCCCCAUUUCAGCUUAAAGCUCAUAUUCCAGAUCACCAUCAUUCUGUUUUUUUUCCAUCGUUACUUUUUAAUGCCCAGUUUAGAAAUUAUUUUAAUUCUGAUGAUGAAUUCCCACGAGGAGGUGCUCUUUUGGUCCUUUUGUUGGUUUGUUAACUGUUAACCCAGAUCUUUAAAUUUAUGUUUCACAAACAAAAAGAAAAUCUUCUUGCCGUGGCGAAAGUGAAUCUGUACCAGUUUACUUGCGUUGUGUGAUUCAGUACCUCAUUUUGAUGUUACGACUUGGUGCUUACUUUGGGCAGGGGCUGGGGCAGGGGAAGGGUCAGCUGACACAUUCUCCAUUCAGAGCAUUAAUUAACAUUAAAUUAUAAUCACUUCUUGUCCUUCUCGUGUUGGUUUUCACUAUUAUUUUAACGUGUUCUAUCACCACACCCCAUCAUGCAUGAUCUAGUCCAAUUUCCUUUCAAUAUAUAACCACUCUUUGUGUUAGACCAGUGGUCUCCAACCCUGGUCCUGGAGAACUACUGGGUGUGCUGGUUUUUGUUUUCACCUUAACGGCAGCAUGCUGUUGAGACCCAGGUAAUCAGGUGAGAUGAGUUAACUGUGUAAUCAACUGCUCUAAUUGAUUAAGUGCAGAGUAACAGCUAAAACCAGCAGAGCCUGUAGCUCUCCAGAACCAGAGUUGGAGACCACUGUAUUAGACCGAGCUUGAGAUUAUAAUUCAACACUGACAACGACGAUAUAAACCAGGGAUCAGCAACUUGUGGGGGCUGAGAACUGCUGGUUGUCCACCCUCCCUUUACCUGGGAGUCAGGUGUGAAGACAGUCUGGCCAAUCAGUAGCACUAAUUACCCAGGAGAAAAGAACCAGGGCUGGAUUUGGAUUUGAGGUGCAGAGUUGAUGAUCUCUGAUGUAAACCAACCAGGGGUUCCGGUUCUGGUUCCGUUCUUUUAGCCAGUCCUGCAGAUCGACUAUCACUGAUCUGUCGUUUUGUGUUUUUUAUGCAACAAUUGUAAAGUCUGAUGGUACACUUUGGUAAUUUAAAGUACCUGGGCAUUUGCUAGAUUUGGGGAAGGGUCUGGUUUAAGGAGAAUCGGACAGGUAAGUAAUUGAGAAGACGUUAAAGUGUCAUUUUUAACUGAACAAUAAAAGAACCGCUGUAACUA